GAUGUUAAAAACUUUAAGCAACCAUCAGGGUAAUCACAGUAAUGGAUCUCUGUCAGAAAAAUGAGACGGAGUUAGAAAAUAGUGAAAAUAAUGGAAUUCAAAGCACAGAAGAAACGGAAUUAACCUGUGCUUGUCCAGAUGAAACAAGGGAAAAGAAUCAUGUUUGUUGCCUUCUCAAUAUCAGUGACAUUACACUCGAACAAGAUGGAAAAGCCAACAAGUUUGUUAUGGGAACUGGAUGGGAAGAAGCAGUUCAAGGCUGGGGAAACACUUCUCCAACUGCCUGCAUCUGGCCCAGGAAGAAGCUUAAGAAGCCGAAGGUGGGAGAAAGUGCGAGCAGCUGCUUACUUUGUGUCAGUCUCUCUCAGGGGAUCCCGGAGUUCAAGCCUCAGCCUGAAGCUGGGAAGUUGGAGUCAGGGGCUCUGGCUGAGGCAGGCGCAGAGAAGGAUCGGGGCAUCCCCUCCCAGACUCACAGCUCCCCAGGAGGCCCCACCACUGCCACCAGGAAGAUUAGCAACGUGUGCUUUCCUUCCUACAAUCCGGGAGAGAAAGACAGUCAGCAAAGAAAGGAGUUUAUGUGGUGCAUGGAAGAGUGGGCUGUCCCAGAGACUGUAAGGGACAAGGAUCCCAGCAGAGGCGCUGACCAAGAUCCCUCCAUCUCAGACUCAUUGACUUCCAAGGCCCUUUUAGUUCUGCCUCCCCUGAAGGCUUCAGCCCCAAAUGACUCGGAUGUUCUGGGUAAGAAGAGUAAGGACUUUCUCUUGCAGCCAGAAGAGAAGGUGCUGAGUGUGGAAAAGGAUGAGUGUGUGGCCUGUGCAUAUGGAUUGAACAUAGUUGACGGGAAAGAUGGAAAGAGACCCACUGAGCUGGCCAAGCACCUUAAGGUCAAUUGCAUGCAGUCUUUUCCUCCCUCAGUGGUUGGGACAUCCCUGCUGGCCAAUCCAGAUCUGGGCUGCCUGCACUGGUCCCUCCUGCCUGAGAAAAAAUUGGUGUGCCCUCCCAAUCCCAAUAAUGUUCGCUAUCUCACCACCGUGCAGAUUUUGCAGAAGCAGAGAGUGCAAAGCUUCAAAACCAAGUUCAAAGCCAGGGAGCCUAGACCUCCCAUGAACACCCAAAAGCGCAUUCUCAAGGAGGCCAAGCCUCAUACAUUGGAGACCAAGGUGUUCCCAAGACCUCUCUUGCCGUCCCUCACAGUGAGCAGAGUGGUUAUUCCUGUCUCCACUCACAGAUUCCUCUGAAUUGCCACAAUAAUUCCCUGGGAAUAAGCACCUUUGGUAACUCAUUCAUCCUCUCUCUCUUCU